AUGCUAUGCCCUUCGAAUAAUUUCGCUCUUCAACUUAAUAAAUAUUUUGCUGAAAAAGUCAUUCCACGAAAGAAUGCCAUCUACAAAGCUGUUCGUGAAGUUUCCAAAGUCGUUACUGAAGUUUUACGUGAAGUCGAAGCACAAGAACCACGAUUUAUUUCAUCGCUCAAUGAAAUCAACGGUCGAUUCGAAGGUCUCACAGUGGUGUCACAUACAGAAUUUGAGGUUGUUUUAUAUUUAAACCAAAUGGGUGUAUUCAAUUUUGUCGAUGAUGGUACGAUACCAGGCUGUGCCGUAUUAAAACUAUCCGAUGGACGAAAACGAUCAAUGUCACUAUGGGUGGAAUUCAUUACUGCAAGUGGUUAUCUAUCAGCACGAAAGAUUCGUUCACGUUUUCAAGCACUUGUUGCUCAAGCUUGUGAAAAAUGUGCCGGCCGUGAUUAUGUGAAACUGUUAACUGAUACAUCUGAAGUUCGACUUCGUAUACGUGACAAGUUUAUUGUACAUAUUGUACCGGCAUUUCGCUGCGCAGGCUUGUGGCCACGUUCGGCUGCGCAUUGGCCAUUUUCACCAACGCAAUUUCCCACAUGGCCAAAUCCUAAUCAAAUCAACGAUGUUAAAAACGAAGGAUUUAAUAUUCUGUCAAAAGAGUCGAUCUAUAUGAAAGAUAAACAAGCGAGUUCCGAAGGCGAUGCUUGGGUUAUGUCAUUUACCGAAGCUGAAGAUCGUCUUCUACAAGAUGGAACGCGACGUAAAUGCUUAUCAUUAUUGAAAACAUUACGCGAUCGUAACUUUGAUUCGUCACCAAUCACCAAUUACGUUCUCAAAUGUUUAGUUCUAUACGAAUGUGAAAAACAUCCCAAUGAACAUGAGUGGUGCGAUGACAAUUCCUUGGGUGAUCGUUUGAAUGGAAUUUUGCUACAAUUGAUAUCUUGUCUACAGUGCCGAAAAUGUCCACAUUACUUUCUUCCGAAUGUCGAUUUAUUUAAAGGCAAGUCUCUUCAAUCGUUGGACAAUACUGCUAAGCAAUGUUGGCGUUUAACUCGUGAAAUGCUCAUUAAUAGUCAUUGUCUUGAUAGAUUGUAG